AAAUUUGGACGGAAUUCACAAUAAUGUGCUUGAAUGAUUAUGCACUAUUUGUGUACACCACGUUCGUUUAACACCGGCCACACACCAGCAGCCGCGUCAUCUGAGCUUCAUGCUGGCUAAGGUGGCGCGUCGGCGCUCGUCGUGGUUGCGCUCGCUGGUCACGGCUCGGCGUUUGUCGCGGCCGCUGCAGGUGGAGGCUACUGCGCAGACACGCGAGGACGACGACGAUGACGAGGCAGCUUCAGAUAAGCGGCUGCCAGCCCGCGGGGGGAGAAGAUCGUCAGGUGUAAAGCCUCAGAGUCUAAACGCCUACCUGCAACUGCAGCUGCGCGCCAGUGGUGGUGAAAAUGCGACGAUUGCUGCAGGUUUAAAGAGGCGGGAGACGGAGAGACUGGUUAAAGAGCAGGUGAUGAAGGACCAGGAGGUGACGCUGCAGGCCGACGCGAAGGUCGGGGAAUUCCCCUCGCUCAUCUUUAGCGGCUCACCAGACCCGAAGGACAUCGAUAGAGCUAGAAAGAGUUUACACAAACUGGCGAUGGAUUUAGCGGAUCCUUGUGCGGCAGUGGCCAAAGAGACGGGCUUCAUGCGAGCCAGGAGACAGCUCAAGGCCGCAACAGGCAAGCUAGACCGCAUGCUAUACGCGAUGCGCCAACGACAGGAUUACGCACAAGUGGAGGCGGUGGUAUUUUUAUGGGAGAAGGAGUUUCCACACUUUGCAGGCCAACGCAAGCACUGGUGCGUCAUCUGCGAGCACUACGCCUGGGCUCUCAACAGCCAACAGCGAUUCCACGACGUCGCGGACAAGUUCUCCGCGUGCUACAGGGGGGAGAAACAAAACAUACAGAGCCUCAGUAUCUUGACACCGCGUCUGGCUCAGUCCAUUUUUGUUGCGCUUGGGCAUCUGCGCGAUGCUGAUGGAGCGCUGCUGCUGCUGGAUACAAUGCAGCGCCAUGGUGUUCAUGUGACGAAAGUAUCCUACUUCCACAUACUGAAUGCUCUGCUGCAUGACCAAACGUUUACAGAUUUUGAGCGUGUGAUGCAGAUCUGCGAGGAGAUGGUCACUAAACUGCCUGAUGAGAUUGUUCCCAUGUCGCUGCUGCCGAUGGUUAUGAUGACUGCAGCAGCUUGUGGCGAAUCCAAACGCGCAAUGAAGUUUUACAGUCACCCGCCGGACAUGCCCAUGUCGAUCUUCACGGAGUUUCGUUUCGAGAUCUGUUUGCAGCAGUUGAAUCACUUGGGAGAAGACGAGAUGUUGAUGGAGAUGUAUCGGAACUUGAUGGAGUCGGUAGAAGCAAGUCGCGAUCUCAAGGAGCGAGUGUCGAAGUAUCUUUUCAGAAAGCGAGUUGCGCUUACUACUGUUGACACUCGCGACAAACGGCUCGACGUGGCGUGUGAGAUCUUAGAUAUCAUGAACCAGCACAAAAUUCCCGUUAGCCACCACGCCAUCUAUCCACUACUGCGCACGCUAUUGCUCGAUCCACUGCCUCUGAAUUGUGGUGAUGGUGCCGACGACCAUGUAGACAACGAACAAGGUCAAAUUCAGGUGGAGACAGCGGACGAUCUACGCAAGUUUUUCUCGUGGUAUCCGCACUCGCUGGAGUGGAAUGAGUUCAUCUUAUGUGAAGCUAUUGUCGCUGGUGUUCGCGCUAAUCGAGCUGAUUUAGUCGAUGAUCUGUGUGUAUACGCGUUGGAUAAUGGCAUGCCGAUCAAGUACGCAGCGUUGGAGCAGGUGGUGGUGUACUACUAUCGAUUGGGUCUCAUUAAAGAUCUCGAGCGAGUGUCUGCUAUGGUACGUGCACUGCGUCUAAACAAGCACAUUCCCUUGGGUAUUGCAGUGACAGAGAUCGGAAUGGCAGCCAACUUCCGCCUUCAUCGAUAUGAGGAAGUAGUCAUGCUCUUCGAGGAUUUCUCGUCGCUAGAUGGUGAGCAGAAACGAGCUCUGAAGCGGAGGUUCAUGUUGCGGACAGUCCUGAAUGCGUACAAACACUUGGGACGUGGGGACGAAGCUAUGGCGAUUCAAGAGCUGCUCCGUCAAUAUCACCGUACUCUAUUAGAUGGAAGUGAGAGUAUCGAAGAGGGGGAAGCAAAUAAGGAGAUGACGCUGGAUGAAGAAAGAAGCGCAGAAGAGAAGGAACUGGUCGAGGAUAGCAAUAGUGACGAGGUUGGAGAGCAGGAGCGAUUGUCUUUACGUCGCUUUAACCGCCACAACUCUCGCUAGAAUCAACAGUAUACAAAGCCGUCGGCUUAAUGUCCUGGACUUCUUAUAUCUACACCAAUAACUUGAAGCUCUUUUUGAUGAUAUCUAUUUGAAGAAGCAACAAUUGUGGAG